AUGGUCGCACCGGCUGUGGUCCCCAUCGUCCCGGGACAGAUUCCGAACGCCCCUCAGAUCCUAGACGAUACCCCGGCCAAAGGACCCAAGAUAGGCCUCCCGGACAAGUAUGAUGGCACGAAGGGGCCAAAGGCUGAGGUGUACGUCACGCAAAUCGGCCUAUACGUCCUCUCCAACCCCAGGAUGUUCCCCGACGACUGUAGCAAGGUCAUAUUCUUGAUCUCGUACCUGACCGGCCAAGCCAGCGAAUGGGCCCAACCAUUCACGACGAAGCUGUUUGCUGGACAACCGGUCUUGUACCUCGACUUCGCCACGGCCUUCCAGAUGAUGUACUAUGACACCAAACGGAAAUACCGAGCUGAGAAGGCGCUCCGGCAGCUGAAGCAGACCAAGUCGGUGGCGCACUAUACCUUCUAG